AUGCUGGGGCGAGGAAACGGGUUCGUAUUGUUUCUACUUCUGUUUGUAUCGUCGCUUCUGGGCUCGAUCUUCUUUCUUUUUCCGUUUGUGCCACUUGCCUUCUUUGCCCCAAGGCUAUGGCGCUUUGUAGCUGAUCGAUUCGUAGGGUAUUGGCUAACAUUUCCAGCCGUAAGUCUUUUUGUACAUUUUAUUCUUUUGGUUUAGAGCAUUGUAUUCUUCUUGUUCGGUGUCAAAAUCCGGGUCACGGGAGAUCUUAUACGCCGAGAUGAGCCCGCGAUUAUUAUCAUGAACCACAGAACACGCUUGGACUGGCUAUUCUUCUGGAAUGCCUUAUAUAAAAUGGAUCCUUGGCUCUUAACGACGGAAAAGAUCAGCCUGAAAGCCGAGUUGAAUAAAAUACCUGGCGCAGGUAAGUGGAAAAUGGAAAUGAAUAAUAGUUCUGAUUCAGGGUGGGCGAUGGGAUGUGGCUCAUACAUAUUUCUUAACCGGAAUUACUCAAAGGACCACCGGGUUCUCGAGACCAUGAUUAAAUACUAUAAAGAUUCGAGUUAUAAAUAUCAGGUGAGCUAAGGGGGAUGGGAGUAAUGUGCAAAGUUCAGGGUUUAAAUUAACUAAUGGUUUCAUUUUUAGUUGUUACUCUUUCCUGAAGGGACUGAUAGAGGUAUUAGAGCGACCGAUCUAAGCCAUAAGUACGCGGAUGAGAACGGUCUUCCCCGGUAUGAUUACAUUCUCCAUCCUCGGACAACCGGAUUUAAUUUCAUACUCAAAGAAAUGAAAAAAAGUAAGAAUAUUAGUUGUUGUUUUACUCCUGGAUUAAGGGGACUACAUAAAAUAUGUUUACGAUGUCACUGUUGGUUAUCCAAAAGGCAUCGUCAAUUCGGAAGUUGAACUUCUGAGAACGGGAAAGGUCCCCGGAGAAGUUCAUUUUGAUAUCCGAAGGUAUAAUGUAGAAGAAGUGAUUGGAAAGGAGGAACAUCAUCCUUCCAAUUGGCUGAAAAAUAUAUGGAUUGAAAAAGAGGAGAAGUUAAGAAAGUUUUAUGAGGAAGAUGGACAAUUUGAACCCUCAGGAGAAGACUCGGCAAUAUGGCCAGUAAGUUCAGAAGAAUAAAAAUAUCGUAUUUUAGGUGGAAUCUUUCUCCAUUGGGUAUUACGUUGCUUUCUCCAUAUGGACAUUGCUCUCGAUCUUUUGGAUAUAUUGGAUUUAUGCAAGUUUCUAUGUGAAGAUCUACGUCCUAGUAGCUGUUCUGUUCUUCUCCUUUGCUCAUAAAUCAAAAGGCGGUGUGGAAUUUCUGUUUCUCGAGUGGUUUUAUGGAUCUCACCUCUUCCUGGCGUGA